ACACCAUCCUUUGUCAAUGUUAUUACAAUAAAUACAUUCCAUCGCUUCUGAAACGUCUUACAUUCACCCAUGACGCGGAAGAUCAGAAACUGUCACCAAAAAUUGAUAUACGAGAUCGAGAUUCCUCGGAAAUCACUUCCGGUCACAUAUUCCAAGUCGAUGUUCCUCGGCUAUGUGUUGGUAGGAAUUAUAGAUUCCUUUACUCUUACCUGGUUCGUCAUCACAAAGCAGUUCCGUUAGGACUCUACAGAAACGUGAUUCACAAGAAAGAGCGGAUGAGAUAUAUUUGCAUAAAUCCACAAAAUGACUGUAUUAUAAAGAAUGAUGAUAAAGUAUAUAUAAUAUCCAAGAAAGAACCGGUAUUUCCUACCAAUGAUAUCUUGGUGGAACGAGAAGCGUAA